AGAAGGAUCAGGUGAUCUGCCGCAUGUUACUGACGUCAUCGUGACCAAUGAAGGUCGUGUCGCUUGGCGCCAACCCGGACUGUUCAGCAGCGCAUGCCAAGUGGACGUCAGUGAAUUUCCUUAUGAUAAACAGAUCUGCAAGAUGGCAUUUUCCUCCUGGCUCUACGACGGGAAGCAUCUGGAUCUCUGUAACACCUCAAACAGUAUGGACAUGGCUGCAUUCAUGCACAACGACCAGUUUGAGGUGACCGGCGCAACAGUAUGGAGAAAGGAGACGUACUACUCCUGCUGCCCGGAUGACCCCUGGCCCAAUAUCGAGCUGCACGUGCAUCUCACGCGCCGCCGUCUGUUCUACAUCAUCAACAUGGUAGUUCCGUGUUUGGACCUGCUGGUGCUGAACCUGGCGGCCUUCUACAUCCCACCUGACAGUGGAGAGAGAUUGGGUUUUACAAUCACGGUCCUCCUGUCGCUGGUGGUGUUUCAGCAACUCCUGACCACACAGCUCCCCGCCACUUCCACAUCCACACCCAUGCUUGGGCAGUUCUUCACCGCCACCAUCGUCCUGGUCACCAUCUCCCUGCUCAUCACCAUCCUGGUUCUCCGGUUGUCCCACCCGAGUCACCCGUCCCGGCCGCUCCCCCGCUGGCUCCGCCUGCUGCUGCUCCACUACAUGGCAUCUUUCUUCUGCAUGUGCAGCAUUGCUAAAGAGCGGUCUAUCUUCGAGACAAGGCGUAAGGGCAACCACCACGAGUUGUUGCAAGACGAGAGCACGGAAAUGAAGGACAUCGGCGUCAAUGACAUUCGAUACGAGAACGGUCUGAACGACUCUGUGCACCGAUCCCUGCUGCACAAAAUUUCAUCAAAAGUGGAGAGCAUCUCGGCAUACAUGCAGGCAAAUGUUAAGGAUGGUGAGGAAGAAAGCGAAUGGAAAAUGGCGGCCCUCGUCUUGGACAGAGCCGCCAUGUUAGGAACUGUCAUUGCCUCUAUUGUGAUCAGCCUAGUGUUCCUUUUGUAG